AUGCCUAAAUCAAAGAAGAAGAAAAAUACAAGAGGGUAUGCUACGACAAGUACACCCUCAAAAAAUAAAGAAAUUUUAAAACAUGAAAUUGAAUCUCAAGCUUCUUUAAUAACAAAAGAACCAAUAAUUUCUCUCGAGCCAAUUGAAACUGACAUUAUCGAAGAAAAUGUUAAUGAAGAAGAAUCUUACAUUAUUUCAUUAAUUGAGAACUAUAAUGAUUUAGAUUCAAUAAAAGUUGAAGAUUAUUUUAAAAAUUCUCGAACUUUUAAUGAUAACGUAAUGCAAGUUUUUGGCCUUGAUAGUAAGAUUGAGCAUAAGAUAUUAAACUUUAUUAAAGAAGUGGGAUAUCAAGAAUUAGGUUCAUCUACGAAUUUGUAUGCUGAUAAUCUUUUGACUCGAGAGCGUAUAAUCUCAACUUUAAAUAGGAUUUAUUUAAUUUUAUUACGUCUCGGCUUCUCACAAAAAAAUAUUAAAGAUUGUUUAAGAAAAACCAAUGUAAUGGAUGUUAAAGAUGCCUUAGAUUGGAUGAAUGUUUCAGCUAUAAGACAAACAACCCCAAAGUUAUUAGAAUCAAAUCAAUCACAAAUAAAGAAAGAAGAUGUAGUCUCUAAGAGAAAUAAUAAGGAAAUGAAAAAAUCAUCUAUUGAAAUUGAAAAAAAUCUUAAGGAAUGGAUUUUGGAUCGAUAUCAAAAUGAUGCAUCAGAUGAUUCAGGACCCGAACCUGUGGUAACAUUAUCUCCAACAACAAAACAUGCUGAACUAAAAUGUGAACUAAUUCUACAAAAGAAAGUUUUGUCUGUUUUAGAGAAAUCAAAUAGUAAUCAAAUUAAACAAAGACAAACUUUUCAAAGAAUUAAUGAAUUACAGGAAGAAAUGAAAAUUUGUGAGACAGAUAAUGAAUUUAAUAAGAGAGAAGCUGGAGUAGAAUUUAAUAAGUUAAUUAAAUUUAAAGAUUUAGAUGAAGAAGCCAAAGAAAUCUUGGAUGAUGACAUUGAAAAAGAUAAGAAUAUUAAAGAACGAGAUUAUAAUGAAGAUAAAAUGGAAGCAAAGGAUCAAGAAAAGAUUACAAUGAAAGAAAGAAGUGAUGGCGAAGAUGAAGAUUUAUUUGGUGGAUUACUGGAUAAUGUUCCGGACAAUUCAGUUACUUCUAAUACAUCUCAUACUUCAUUAACAAUUAGAGAGAUUUCAUUACCUAAUAAAUAUACAGGAAGAUUACCUAAAGAUUAUUUACAAGAAUUUUGCCUAAGUAAAGAUAGCCAAGUAAAGAUUAGUUUUGUUAAGGAUAAAACAUUGAGUGGUGAAACUCUUUAUAAAUACUUUUUGUCGAUUCAGUGGAGUGAUGGACAUAAAAAAGAAUGGAAUAUGGAAAAUGUUGCAUGUCGAACCAAGAUAGAAGCGGAGAACUAUAUUUCUACUUUAGUAUUGUUUGAAUUAACAGAUCUCCCAACAUAUACGGCAUUUCCUUCUUGUUUUAGAGAUUUAUGGUUAGAAUUGGAAAAUGAAAAAAAAUCUGCUCAAAAUAAAAUCAAGUUAGCUGAACAAAAAGAAAGGAUAAAGUUCUUGAUUGACGUGGUGGAAGAGAAAAAGCAGAAAGAAAACUUUGUAGAAAGAAAUUUAUCUAAAGUUUCGAUUGAAGAGUCAAAUCAAGAACAAAACAUCGUUCAUAAAAAUCAUGUAUCCAGUAUAAAUCAAGAUGAUGCAAAAAAAUUUAUUAGUGAAGGUGAAGCUAUGGUGAAAGCUUUCUUAAAUAGACAAAAAAAUAAAGCAUAUAAGGAUAUGUUAGAUAAAAGAAAACAAUUACCAAUUUAUAUACGGAGAAAUGAAUUUUUAAAGAUAUUGGAUAGGAAUCAAAUUAUUGUUAUAUCUGGAGAGACUGGAUGUGGUAAAAGCACACAAAUACCACAAUUUAUAGCUGAACAUAUGUUAUUGAGUGGACAUGGAAACAAGUGUAAUAUUAUUUGUACCCAGCCGCGGAGAAUUUCAGCAAUCUCAAUAGCACACAGAGUCUCUGCAGAAAUCGGUGAUUUACCAGGAACUCUUGGAACUUUUAAAGCAUUAGUUGGAUAUCAAAUUAGAUUAGAAUCAAAAACUUCUAAAGCAAACAUUUUAACAUUUUGUACUUAUGGUAUAUUAUUGAAAAGAUUAGAGAGCGAUAAAUUACUAGACGACGUCAGUCAUGUAAUUAUUGAUGAGGUGCAUGAAAGAAGUUUGGAUUCAGAUUUCUUGUUAAUUAUUUUGAAAAAAAUAUUGGAAUGGAGGAGUGAUUUGAAAAUUAUAUUAAUGAGCGCAACAGUUGAUACAUCAAAAUUUUCUAAUUACUUUAAUAAUUGUCCUGUAAUUGAAAUACCUGGAAGAACCUUUCCCGUUAAAGUUAAAUUUCUUGAAGAUGUCAUCGAAGAAACAGGUUACACAAUUGAUGAAGAUGAUGAAUUUGCAAAGAAAGUUUAUAGACAAAUUAGAGAUGAAGGAACGGUGACAAUUACAGGAAAUAGGCAAACUUCACACACAGUUCGAUUGCAGUAUGAAGAAGAUUAUGACAAUUCAUACACAGAUUUAAAUAUUCCUGAAGAAGAUCUAGAAAAAUAUUCAAAGAAUACCCGAUUAGUUUUAUCACGUAUUGAUGAAACAUGCAUAAACUAUGAUCUUAUAGUUUUUCUUUUGAACUAUAUUUGUAAUAAUUCUGAAGCACAGCAACGAAAUGAUUAUAUACCAGAAGAUGGGGCUAUACUAAUAUUUUUACCCGGAAUGGCAGAAAUUAGAAGAUUACACGAUCAAAUGUUAUCAGAUAGAAAUUUUAGUGAUACAUCAAGAUUUUUGGUUUAUCCAUUACAUAGUACCAUAAGCUCAGAGAAUCAAAAUAUGGUAUUUGAUGUACCUCCAAGAGGAGUUAGAAAAAUUGUUUUAGCAACUAAUAUUGCAGAAACGGGAAUUACUAUUUCCGAUGUUACCAUUGUUAUUGAUACAGGAAAAGUUAAUCAGAUAAGAUAUAAUGAAAAGAAAAAGAUUAUUAACUUACAAGAAAUGUUUAUAUCAAAAACUAACGUUAAGCAAAGAAACGGUAGAGCUGGUAGAGUAAGAGAAGGAAUUUGUUUUCAUUUAUUUACAAAAUGGAAAUAUGAUGAGAUGGUCGAUUUUGAAUUACCAGAAAUUUUGAGAUUACCAUUGCAAGAAUUGUGUCUAAAAAUUAAAAUUUGUGAGUUAGGAAAAAUUGAACAAGUUUUAAACAUGGCAAUAGAUGCGCCUGCAUCUAAAGCUAUUAAUAAUGCUAUAACUAUUUUACAGGAGGUACAAGCAUUAACAGCAGAAGAGGAAUUAACACCAUUAGGAGUACAUUUAUCACAUAUGCCAGUAGAUGUUCAUCUUGGAAAAAUGAUAUUAUUUGGAUCAAUAUUUAAAUGCCUUGAUCCAAUAUUAACAAUAUCAGCAAUACUUAAUUAUAAAUCACCAUUCUUAAUAUCAUUUGGUGAAUCUAAUAUCGAUAUUAAAAAUGAAUUUAAAGAAGAUGGGUCAGAUUUAUUAACAAUGUAUAAAGGUUAUAUUUCAUGGAGAGAAUUAUAUGAUAAAGUUGUUAUAAAAAAAAAAGCAAAUGGAAGAGGUUGGAAGAUUAUUAGAGAAUUUUGUGAAAAGAAUUUAUUAAGUUUACAAUGUUUGCUAAUGAUUGAAGAUAUUAAAAAACAAUUCUUGGAAUUAUUGGUCAAUAUUGGAUUUGUUAAAGUAGAUGAAUCAAUUAAAAAAGACUUAAGCAGAUUUCAAAAAUCUCGAUCACUUUGCAUUAUUCCAUCGGAUUAUAAUCAAAAUAGUAAUUCAUAUGCUAUAAUUAAUGCAGUAACUUUAGCAGGAUUAUAUCCAAAAAUAAUUUAUCAAGAUCCUUCUACAAAUCAAUAUUUUACUAUAUUGAAUAGUAAAAUAUUAAUUAGUGAAAAAGAAAAUCUACAAAGAGUUUUUAUUCAUCCAUCUUCAAUUGCAUUCAAGAAAUCAUCUACAUCGAACUUGAAAGAAAAGAAUCAAAUUAAUGAAAGGAAUUGGUUUGUUUAUAAUACUUUAAUACAAACUGUUAAAUUAUAUGUUAGAGAUGUUAACAAGAUUAAAAUUGUUGACAUGAUUUUAUUUGGAAAAGAUAUUGAGAUUAAGCAUGAGCAUAAAUUAUUGAUAAUUGAUAAAUGGAUUAGAUUAAAAUGUCCUGGUAAAACUUCUACCAUAUUAAAAUAUAUGAGAUAUCAAUUGAAUAAAAUAUUGAAAUAUAAAAUUGAUUAUCCAACAAAAGAUUUAGAAAAGGAACAAGAGGAUUGGUUAAAUUUAAUAUUAGAAAUUAUAAAUUAUAGUAGUUAA